AAUGAUUAACGCUGUUCCGGGGUUGGGAAUGGGAGCGACUUCUGACUGGAAAUCACCUGUGGAUUGCUGCAGGGAUGUCUGCCGAAGUGGACAGCCGUGCCUCGGAGUCCCCUUGUCAGGGCAAUGAUGUGUCGUCGUCACCGAGAGCCUCUGGGCCGCAGGAUCAGGAUGACCGCUACAACAUGUCUGGAGUAAGGAAGGCCUUCAUCAUCUGCGUCACAGAGGAGAGACCAGGGGCCACAACAGAUGUGAAUAAUCUUCAGAAAUCUUUGCAAAGCUUGGGUUUCGAGGUGUCUGAGUGUAUCAACCCGACUAGUGAGGAAAUCUUCUCCUCCCUGGAGGAGUACCGAGACAGCAUUAAGGAUGAAGUCUGCUGCUCCUUCGUGUUCAUUCUGGCGCACGGGUCCGAGGGCAAGGUUAGGGGUCGUGACGGUGAAGAGGCUGACCUUGAGGAGAUCUUCGACAUGUUCAACAACGAGGAGUGUCUUCAUCUGCAGCAGAAACCCAAGGUGUUCGUCAUCCAAGCCUGCCGAGGAGAUAAAAAAGACCGUGGUGCUGUUUCAGCCGGCUUCCGCGCUUUGUCUGAGAAACUCCCGAUGGUUUCGGACACCUUUGUCGUGUAUCCCUCACGACCAGGUUACGUGGCCUAUCGGCACACAGACCAGGGAUCAUACAUGAUCACAUUCAUGACGGAGGUCUUCAAAAGCCACGGGAACCAGGAGCAUCUGUAUGACCUGUUCGUCAGGGUGAACCGACGGAUGGUGAGCAGAGAUUAUCAAGAUGAAGGACACAAGACCACUGUGGUGAUGGAAUCGACCCUGACCAAGGCCGUCUACCUCAAACCCACCUGAUGCUGAAGAUUGAGGCACUCUGCCCAACCCCCUACCCUAUUCCUCCUCCCCUCCCUCUCUCCCCACCCCUUCUACCCUCUCCUCUCCCCUUCUGCCCUCUUCAUUCAUCCACUCUCCACCCCCUCCCACGCUCUCCCCCUUUGCCCCCUCUCCUCUCCCCUGCCCCUCCCCCUCCCUUCCACAGAACACACUUCCUCAGACUCACUUCUGCUCACUCCAGUUUCGUUGUGAGAGCUCGGGCCCCUGCGGAGUUUAUCGAUUUGGGUGGACGUCCUGCAGCCCUUCAGCAUUGAAUAAUAAUGGUGAUGAGCAAUAAAUCAGAA